AUGGAGUCCAUCCGUUCCUCAAUCCGCUCGUUCAACGUCUACAUCGGCCGGUCGACGUUCGGAAGGAUAUUUCGUCUCCACGGCUGUGGGCAUAAAGAUGAGAUCCUGCACACGAAGUUCACUACUGAAGUGCGGGCGGGACUUACAUCCUUCUUCACAAUGGCAUACAUCAUCGCAGUCAAUGCUACUAUCCUAGCUGAUACAGGCGGCAACUGCGUGUGUAAUGAUGCUACAGACCCUAUGUGUUUGACGAACACCGAAUACCUCAUUUGCAAGCAGGGUAAGAACUUUCUGAAUUCUCAACAACUUCCGCUGAUCCAAGCUCAGAGUUGA